ACGAUUAUGUGUAGCAUAUUAUAUUUUCAUAAGAGAGUUGCGUGGGGAAUUACUUAAAAAUUGUAAAUGGUUGUUUGCGAUGAUAAUAGGAAAUGAAUGAAAAAAGCCGCCAGUGCACGGCUCAGGAGGCAGUCAGCCUCUAGCAGACAAUCUAUACUUUUUGCACCUCCGAAAUGCUGUUUCUACCGCGCACGGUCAGCGCCAGAAUUCGGCCAUACUGUACUCCAUCUGUCUCCCUCACACACCGGUUAAUCAGAUUACGCCACAGCAGAUCCGCGGUCUUUACACUGAACAGAGAAGCCGCAUUGAUUAGCCUCCAUUAAUUAGGUUUCCUAGGUGAAAUCAGCAUCACCCAGCUACAGCAGUCAGCCCUGAUGCACAAGUACCCGCCGACUCACCCGCCAACAUUAUUUAGAGGCGUGGCCACCUCUCCUGCAGAUUGGCCGAAACUUUGUAAUAUAUUCACGUUGCUUUGCGCCGAUUGGCUAGUGCGUUAAAAAUUUUGCAGAGCGCCAGAAAAUAAGCUUUAGCGGGUGUUACAAGUUCUGAUCAGGGCUGUCAUUUUCACUACUAUGAAGACAGGAGCUGGCUCGGUCUAUGUUGCGUGUGUUCUUGGAUUAUAAUUGAAGAAAGGGGUUAUUUUAUUUAUAAAGGGACAUCAUAUAUAUUUUAAACUAAUGAUUUUUUGCUGAAAAGGUGAAAUAUUAAAUUCCUGCUCGAAAAAAUCUUUGGAAUAAUUUACUGGAGUGAAACGCAGAGAAGAUGGAAGGGACUGGAUGUUUAGCACUGAAAGAUCUCAGUAGCCCAAGGAAGACGAGAAUAGACCUGGUGGAAGAAGGUGACAGUAAUAACGACCAAAAGGAGAACAUAUUUGUUGACCCUACAAAGGUGAUCCCAAAGACCCCGCUGAAAAAUGACUUGACACCAACAGCAGCAUCCAAACAGAAAGGCUGCAGCACCCUAGAAAAAAUUCACAACACCCCUGUCAAGCAUGUGGACAGACCCCAGGCAGAUCCAUGGACCCCUACUGCUAACCUGAAGAUGCUGAUCAGUGCUGCAAGCCCUGAUAUUCGGGACAGGGACAUGAAAAAGGGCCUCUUUCGUCCCAUAGAAAAUGAGGAGACCGAAGAGACUUCGAGCGACACUACCCAGUGUGAUGCGAUGGAGGACUGUACCACAGAUGAGUUUGAAAAACAACGGCCUAACAGGAAAUUGAAAAGCCUGGGACUUCUCUGCCAAAAGUUUCUUGCUCUCUAUCCUGACUACCCGCUGUCUAUGGAGAAGACUCACAUUUCUUUAGAUGAGGUGGCAACUAAUUUGGGUGUGGAGCGCAGACGGAUCUACGACAUUGUGAACGUCCUGGAGUCCCUGCUGCUGGUGACCCGGGUAGCUAAGAACCAGUACUGCUGGCAUGGGCGGCACAAGCUGUGCCAGACACUGGAGGGGCUGCAGAGCAUGGGCAAGUGGCAGCGCUACGAGGAGCAGAUGGCACAGCUCCAGGAGAAGGACUGCAAGCCAGCCGAACUCAGGAGGAAAGAGGGCCUCCCAGAACCGCAGGAAGGACAGAUUGACCAGAUGGGCAUUGAGUCAGACCUGACCUCAGGAUCAGCCAGCAAGAGGAAAGACAAGUCCUUACGCAUCAUGAGCCAGAAGUUCGUCAUGUUGUUCCUUGUGUCCAAAACCAAGAUUGUUUCUCUGGACAUUGCUGCUAAAAUCCUGAUCGAGGAGAGCCAAGACGCUGCUGACCACAGCAAGUUCAAAACAAAGGUGCGUCGAUUGUAUGAUAUUGCUAACGUCCUGACGAGCUUGGAGCUCAUCAAGAAGAUUCACGUCACAGAAGAAAGAGGCCGUAAACCUGCUUUCAAAUGGAUCGGGCCUGUUGAUUUUAAACACUCCAGUGAAGCCUCGCAGGCUGCCGCCGCAGUAGAGCACGUGUCCAUCGUCCUGAAGGAACCAUUGGCUCCUAUACCUCAACUGAUGGUGAGCGAGAAAGAGAGACUGACGCGCCAUGCUUCCUUCAGCGUGCUGCCCGCCUCCGCUGGUGAGCAGAGAAGAAUCAGCUCCGCACCAAGCAGCCCACAAAGACACAGGAAAGGAUUGACAUUGGAGCCUGAGUACUCCAGAAAGAUGGCGGGUUUAGCAGCUGUGUGUAAACUGCAGUUUGAAGAGCGCACAAGAAGUAAACUGUCUGGUAGGAAGACGGCGAUCAUCCCAACAAGCAACUCUGCCUCUCCGGGGCUGGUCCUAACUGUUCCUGUGGAUUCUCAUUCCCGAGCUAGUCCACUGCCACAGUCCACCUGCGCCUUUCCCCAACUGCAGUGCCUGCUGCCCACAUUGUAUCCAAACGCUCCCUCUGAAUCCCAGACAGAACACAGCCACUCCAGCUCUUCCCAGAAGCAGCCUCCUCUCGUUUACCUCCAGAGCCUGCCCCCCCCUAUCCUCAUGAUGUGCGGGAGCAGCCUCGCAGACAGGGGGGGCGCAGUGCAGAGGGGCAGCGAAGCUCACAGCUCACUCACUGCUGUCACGCGGGAGACGCCAGCCCUCGGGAAACGCAGUGUGGCCAAGAGUGGGCUUUCCAAAGAAGAGGAACAGGCGGCUAAGAGAGACAGAACAGCUUUCAGGGACACGGUGUCUUUGCAUGGGAAUUGCAUCCGAGAGAAGAAUGAGCAGGAGACCCCCCUCCAGAACGGCAGUGUUGCGUCAUCGGUUCUUAUCCUGACCCCGCCCCCGAAGGGGUCUCUGAACAACGAUCAGGCCAGUCUGACGAGAGGAUGCCCAGAAACCCCCUUCAGAGAGGGCGAGCCCGGCAGGCACAGCCCCGAGCAGCCAGCCCCCCUGUCACACUACCUGUACGUGCCCUCCUCUGCAGGUCUGAGCGCUCUGGACUUCUUUCUACCAGCCGGCCACAGUCCUGGCAGCCUGUCUCUCUCUCCCAGUCGCCAGGCUUCUCUCGCUCUUCCUUAUGUCAUGCUGCCAUCCUCGGCCCUCUCCUCCUUCCCUCUCAUUGCUCCUGGCCUGUCCGGAACCAACGGCUCCAUCAACUUCCGCAUGCCUGGCGGGAUAAACCCCACACACUUCCUGAUCGCCCCUGGGGCUGUCCCCUGCCCCAGGACCCCCAAGUGUUCCCCCAGUCCCAGUGGUCUGGCCCCCUCACCUGGACACUUUAGUCCUGAGCAAGAAAGGCUCCCCAAAGCUGUGAAACCUGAUUCUCCAGUUGGUGUGGGACACCCACUCACCGUCCUCACACUGCAGCAACAGCCACAGACCCCGCUGACCCCUAAAGAAGUCCGGGCGCCCCAUUUGAAGACCUUCUUCCAGACUCCCUGCUCUCUGGGCUCAGCAGCUUCCUCCAGCCUGCGGAAACAGGGCACUAGACCGCAGAACAGGACUGGCAGCUCUGCUCAGAGGAGGCUGGAAAUCAGCAACAACAUAUCCAACUGAGCUGACAGAAUGGCAACUUGUAAUAUGCAUUGAACUUUCCCAGAUAUAGUAGAGCAGGGUUGCAGACCCUAAGGGUUCCCUCACCCCAACCUACAGUUCAGACUUCCUGGGGCUGGAGCUCUCAUCACACACCCUGCUGUGCUGUAGCUCCCUCUUUUUCAGGCAUGGGGCUGCCAUCCACCGGCAGGUUUACCAGACACUAGCAGUGAAGCCAGUGAAUCGUUGGAAGGGGUGUCUCAACAGUAAUGGCAUUUAGCUUGCCAGCUUGAAGUCUUGAUGUUGACACACACUAGGGAACGGAGCACGAUUUGUAACUGCAGCCAACAACCUUGUGAGUACAGAUGUUGGACCAGAAUU